AUGAAACCUCAAGACUCUCCAGCGAGCCAGCUCAUGGCUUUCAUUCUAGCUGAGAACGAUGCUGAGAAAAAAGCAAACACACAAAGCUCAAAAAUCGACAAACAAGAUCCAGUUGAUGCUUUUUUGUGUGGAAUAGAGGUUACACUCAAAUCAUUCGACCCCGUUCUUCUGAAUGAAGCCAAAGGGAAAAUCUUUGGCAUUGUGCAAGAGCUAGGACUGAAACAGUUGAAUAUAAACGCGAGGAACAAAAGAACAUUCUUCACGCCGAUACCUGCUUACAAGCCAUCAUCAGAAAAUUCAACGACCUCAACCAUAACAACAGCACGAGAUUAUGUCACACAUUUUGAUGGAUACUAA